GGGACCACACUGCGUCUAUAUAAAUAUAUAUCUCUAUAUAUAAAUGCUCUAUGCACGUUUAGGCUACACCAAAACUCUAAUGCAUCACACGUGUACAUAAAAAAGUGCGCAGCCGAGGCUACAUGUGCACACAUCUAACCGCGAAUGUUGUGAGCGCCACAAACCAAAUAUCCCCCCAAAGCUGUCUGCCAGAGAAGAGCCAGAAGCAUCAGAGGAGGACAGAGCUUGUCACCCAGCUUGUGUCAGAUUAUUUGCAUCCAAACGAGAAGCAGGAGGAAGAAGAAGAUCAUGUUUGUUCCCUUGCCGGUGCCGUUCGUCUUUCAGAGAACUGCCCCUGACCUCAGCGCCUGGCGUCUCAAGUCCCCUCUGGCUCUCCGCUCCAACUCCGAUAUCAGGAUGUCAAAGCCAGCAGAGGUGGAGAAAGUCGGGGGUGACUCACCGUUAGAAGGCACAGAGUCAGAGCGGAAUGGACCUGAAUCAAAUCACCAGGUUCAGGCGAUGAAAGUCAGCCCCUUUCCUCUGUCACCAAACAUGAACAGCAGCAAGAAUAAGAUGGAUGAGUGCCCAGAAAUGUCUCCUGGCCUUCCUCCAUCUCACGGCCCGACUCCUUCCCAGACAGCCCUGCAGCACACUCAGCUCAUGCUGACUGGCUCACAGCUAGCAGGGCUGACAGCUUUAUUGCCAGCGCAGCAACAGCUGCUGCUGCAGCAGGCUCAGGCGCAGCUCCUUGCUGCCGCCGUGCAGCAGUCCAAUGCAGCCCAUGCAGCUCAUGCUGCCCAUGCUGCCGCUCAAGCCAAUCAGCAAGCUCAGGCAGCUGCAGCAGCAAAUCAGCAAGUCCAGCAGCAGCAGCAGCAGCAGCAGCAACAGCAGCAGCAGCAGCACACAGGACAGACAGGGCAACAGGCUCAGUCCCAGGGACAGGGACAGAGCACACAGGACAAAAAUACCCAAAGUGUCCCUGUCCCACCUCCUCCGCCUCAGCUCACUCUCUCCCAGCCAAUCCAGCUCACAGCCCAGGACAUUCAGCAGCUGCUGCAGCUUCAGCAGCUGGUGUUGGUUCCCGGUCACCCACUUCCGUCUCCAGCCCAGUUUCUCCUCCCGCAGGCACAGCAGAGCCAGCAAGGACUCCUGUCGACACCAAAUCUCAUUCCGCUACCUCAGCAAAACCAAGGGAGCCUCCUGUCUGCUCCAACUAGAAUGGGACUCCAGUCACAGGUGCAGCGAGAUAAGAGCAUAGAUGUGGGCGGAGGAGGAGGCAUGACUACGGUGCCCUCUGUGACCUCUCACCCCGAGGAGCCCAGCGACCUGGAGGAGCUGGAACAGUUUGCCCGCACCUUCAAGCAGAGACGCAUCAAGCUGGGCUUCACACAGGGGGACGUCGGCCUGGCCAUGGGGAAGCUGUACGGCAACGACUUCAGCCAGACCACCAUCUCUCGCUUCGAGGCGCUCAACCUGAGCUUUAAGAACAUGUGCAAGCUGAAGCCACUGCUGGAAAAGUGGCUCAAUGAUGCAGAGACCAUGUCCAUAGACAGCACCUUGCCCAGUCCCAGCUCCCUGUCCUCUCCGUCUCUGGGCUUCGACGGCGUUCCUGGUCGCAGGAGAAAGAAGAGAACCAGCAUUGAGACGAAUGUACGAGUGGCCCUGGAGCGUUCAUUCCUGACGAACCAGAAGCCUACCUCGGAGGAGAUCUUGCUGAUCGCGGAGCAGCUGAACAUGGAGAAGGAGGUGAUCCGGGUUUGGUUCUGCAACCGCCGGCAGAAAGAGAAGCGCAUCAACCCGACCAGUGCCACCCCUCCGCUGCCCAGCCAGCCCCCCACUGCCCCACAAACGCACAAGCCGCCCUGCUACAGCCCUCACAUGAUGUCCAGCCAGCUGUCGCAGGCCGUGACCAGUCUCAGCAGCACAACGGUGACCACCAUGUCCUCCAUUUGCCCCCUAUCCUCCAGCCUCACUUCCACUCACCCCUCUCUCACCUCAGCCCACCCCCCUCUGAGCUCCACACCCUCCCCAGCGACUCCUCCACCUCCUCCCCGCAGCACAGCCAGCCCUGCCACUCCCAGCCACAGUACACUCAACCUAAACACAGGCUUGUGGCGUAUGGGUAAAAAGAACGGUGAAAUGUCCAACUACAUCACUGACUUUGCUGCAAACUUGAGGAACACUGUGAUGGGAGUUAACACGGGGAUGAACCAAGCCCUCCUCGGUAACAAUCCCCUGGCCACUAUCCAAGCCCUAGCAGCCAGUGGUGGCCAGCUGCCUCUUUCCACUCUUGAGGGCGGCAGCAAGGUGAUGCUUGGGUCGUCUGGGGGUCAAGGAGGCGGGCUUCCCUCCUCCCUCUUCCUCAACCACCCGACCCUCCUUCACAUGGGUCAGAACCCCGGCGCUGGACUGGUCAGCGCCGCCAUAGCCAAAGUUUCCCAGCCCUCACACUUCCCCUCGGCCAGCAGCAUCAGCCCCACGCCCUGCUCCCCUUCCCCCUGCUCCAGCCCUGCCUCCUCCUGCUCCUCCAGUGAAAUGGCACACAGCCCGUCCUCCCUGGGGGGGCCCAAGAUCGAGUGACCACACCAGGGGGUCAAUCAGAGAGGAGCAGAAAGGAUUAAACAAGAACCUCGCCUUUCACACCAAAGCUAUCUCUUUCUCUCUCUUGUGCUCUUCUUCCGUUUUUGUUCUUGUUUUGUUUUUGUUUUUCCCGGCAUCUCUCUCCGUCUUUCUCUCCAAGUCUUUCGAUGCCAAAAAUACACAGAAUGAAAGAGGAGAGAAGGAGGGAAAGAAGUAAGAGAAGGGAAAAGGAGGAGAAAGAUUGAAACCAAAAAUCUUUAUGUAUCCAGUAGGAUGAAACUGAGACAGCAAUGGACAUUUUUCUCUAAAACGUGCGACGUGGCACGUCUCUCUGAAAGAAAACAAACCAAUGACUCUGCAACAAAGAGAUGGAAGAGACGGCACGUCCGAGUGCAUAAACCAAAAAUGACAAAAAGAUAACUUUGACUAUAUGACAAGAAGGAAUGGCAGCGCGGACAAAGAAACAAAGAGGAGAACUAUCCUUUUUUUUUUUUUUUUCAAUAUCAUUUUCCAAAAAGCUGCGGGUCUGAAAGAUGAAGAGGCGAUGCGAGGAGGAUACGUUUAAACCAAAAAUUUUACCUGAGGAGGAGGUGGAGACACAAUGAGACAAAAAAAAAACAAAACAAACAAACAAACAAAAAAAAAAAAAACGACAACCAAACCAAAAUCACAAAUACCAAAAAUACGGAGAGAAAAGCUUUAUUCAAAGGACGUGUAAAUACUGAAGCUAUCCAGGACCAGGACUCUACAGCUACUGCAACAAGCAAACACACAAGCAUACGAAACAUGAAGAACCAGCUCAUCCUGUCACUGACUCAUUCUCUCUCACUUCAUGUGUCUCUCACUGAUUUUCUUUUUAUAAUUUUGUAAAAUAGUGUUACUUUUUGCAUCAUGUGUGUGAGUGUCUGCUAGAAGAGCGUAAAAUUGCAUUCGUUUUCUAAAGUCCAACUUUUUAACACGUUAUUUUCUAAGUACAGUUUAACAUUUGUUUUUUUGUUUUUUUUACUAUUUAUUAGUGCUGUUACACAUUUCAGCUCCUAUUUAUUGUUGUGUGCUACUGUAGUUUUAGCUCUCAUCAUUAUCAUUGCCAUCAUCUUCGUCUGUAUCAUCAUUGCCAUGUAUUUUGUUUGAAACGCGACUCGUCCUGCAGCAGGACGGAUGGCAAAAGUGAUCCAGUCCUCACUAAGUGCCGCUAGCUCGCAGAUCCAGGUGGCUCACUUUGUUGUAACUUACAGUGCGAAUUCAUUCAUUAGGAAGAGGUUGACAUGUUUAAGCGCUUAUAGAGACUGCCCGACCCUCACUCUUUAAGAUGAAAGUGUUAAAUGCUGUUUCUUUCUCAGUAAAAAGAAAAUGAGGGAUCCUAAUAAGUUAGUCCAUAAAUGAAUUUAUAUGUAAAAAAAAAAUGAUAAAAUGUAUUAAAAACUGAGCCACAAAAGUAUUUUUUGGUAAUGGCAGCUGAAAUAAAUUUUGUUUUAUUGUAUCCUAAUAGAGGUUAAGUCCAAGUCUUUCUAAAGUCCUUGGAGGCUUUAAUUUUUUCCUGAGAAACUUUUCUGACUAUCCAUUAAACUCAGUUAUCAGACUUACUGGCAGGACCACCUGGUCUCCCCCUCAUUUCACUGGUUUAUGGUGAAAUGAUGUUCUACUUAACUCAACUUUAGCUCUCUGGAAUAUUCAGAACCUUAGAAACAUGUGAGCAACCAACGGCAUCCCUUCGAUUUACAACAAUAAGGUUUUCAGAAAGCUCUUUGCAAAUAAGUGUCAUGCUCUUCUUAAGCAUGACACUUAAGAAGAGCAUGACACACAAGUGUCAUGCUUCUUAUUAUGCAAAAUUCACAUUUUGCACAUUUUAUUCUUCCAUUCGGUUCUCAACUGCUUCUAAAAGCAGCUUUAAAAUAAACAGUCAGCUGUAUUUUGGGCAAUAACUUAAUGUUUUUGGAAAAUAACCUCCUGAUUGUUAAUGCACAAUCAACAGGCACAUUGCUGUUACCUAGCAACACCAUUCCCAUUACCUGGCAACCCAAGCAAGUUUGCCACUGUAUGUGCUGUACAAUGGCUACUGGAAAAGACAAGUGUUUUGUUGUAGGCCAACUAUUCAGAGCCCACUUGCUGCAUUGCUGUUGAAUGGCCAGGAGGCUCUACUACUGCUUCUCAAAGACGUACAGGUGCAUAGUUAUGCAUCUGUUUGCAGCCGUUUUCACAUGUGAAUGUGAACAUGAGUUAAAGGGCCAGCAGCAACCUAUUUGGAUCUAAAGACAGCUAUUUUGAGCUGUUUUAAAACAGCUCAAAAAUUCUCAUUAUCUAAGAAUAAUUUUGUGCAAAAAAAUGAAAUAAACAUGAUUCAUACAGAAAAAUAGAAGAAUCCUCAACUGUUGAAGGAAGCACAAUGGGUCACUUUUAAUGGACUAACCAAUAUUUAUUUACACUUAUAUAAACUUUCUCAAUACAGAUCAGAUUCCACUUUACUACAGAUAACUUUAUUACGGACUAAUUUGUUAUGAUUUUUUGGGGGGCUGCUUGUUUUUUUAUGUGAGUGUUUUUUUUAACAACAUCUGAUCUGGAUUUCAUCUCAGCUGCCACGUUAGAAAUAUAUUUACUGAGAGAAUCGUUGAUGUGUUUGAUACUUGUUGAGCUCGUUAUCAGGGCAGUCCGUGUCUAAAUGAACAUGCCCAGGAAACUUCGCACGCUGAAAAUGAUGUUGAAAGUAUGAAAUAGGGGCUGUGAUGGGAGAUUUGAAGGAAUAACCACUGAGACUGGAGGCUAAAUGAGUCAAUAAAACCGAGUUUAGUCACAGCUUGCUCUCGUCCCUGCGUUGUCUAUCAGCACAGACCGCCUGACAUCUGUACGUCUCGAUGUAUAUGUCUGCUUCCAUCAUCACUUCAUCAGUCACAUUUCACAUGUCAUUUUCCACCCCACUCUUCCAUUAAUCCUCAAAUAGAUACCAAAGCAUUAUGUUCUUCUCGAGCCUUAGCCGAGACAUAAACACAAUAAAGAGGCGCCCAUGGGGGGGUUAUUUCUGAGGGACGGGGCUGAGAACAGGAUGCUGCCACUGAAAGGCCCCACUGGAGAAUCUCCUCCACCUGAAAGCUUUAUUUAGGGGCGGAUCUUUUACUCUGAACACCCCCCCCCCCCACACACACACACACACACACACACACACAGACACACAACGAAGGGUAGUCACACUUUUUUUUAAAGAGGAUACCAAAAACGAACCCAAACCAAAACGACGAACUCUCUCUACCCAAGGAAUGACUGAAGCAAACCAAAAACAACCCAAACCAAAUGUGGCUGGAGAGAGGAGGGGAGGAGGACCAGCAGACAUCCGCCUGUCCGUCUGUUAGCUUUCGGCCUGCAGAACUGCGGCCCGCUCUGAAACUGUGUAGCACUGAUGGAGGGAUGAACAGACAGGUGGAAAGACGAGAAAAACAAAGAAUGGGUCCCUCCCUCUGCCUCCCUUUCUCCAGCUCGGCUCUCUGGUCCUGGAUGGAGCUAAACGCAAAUGACCUCACUGAACUGAAAUCUGUUUUUAUUUCAAACGUUUUUAGUUUUGAUUCUGAUUCCUUUUUCCCCUCUGCUGUGUCUCUUGAUGCCGUUUCAUGUACUGUAUUUUAGUGCUUAUUACUUAUUUGGAAUAACGUACUCGCUUACUUACUUACUACAAGAGCUCCUUAUUUUUUUCGUAGUCGUGCUAGAGAUUUUUAUCAGGUGGUUGACGAUAAAAACAA